CGCCCCGCCCCCAAGUUUGGCCACCUGCCCAGGAAACUUGCGGUGGAUUGUUGCCCUCGGGUCGCUCCGGGGCAGGGACACGGGAUCGGGCCAUGGAAGGUACGUCGAGGACUCGCGAGCCCCGGGCCCGGCCGAGAGAGCGAGACCCAGACCUACAGCCGCGCCCGGACCGAGACCGCCACCCCGAGCGACAGCCGGACCGAGCCGGGGACCGGCGCAGGGAGAGACACGGGGGCGAGCGGCGGGACGGGGACCAGGACAGGGGGCGGCGGGGCCGCGACCCCCGCCAGGACAGACACAGGGUCGGGGACCCAUGCCCUGGUGAACAAGGAGUUUGGGAAAAAUCCCGCCCAAGCCGGACGAGGGACGGAGCCCGGCAGCCGACCUGGGACACGGCCCCGCCCCCCUGGCCGGCGCCCUGGGAAACCCCGGAGCCGCCGCCCUACAGGAAGGAGGAUUUCGGGCGUCGCGGACCCGAGAGUGACCACACUGCAGGGAGAUAUCUGCCCUCGAACCCCGGGCCUGGACAAGAGGAAGUAGAAUAUUACCAGUCAGAGGCUGAAGGACUCCUGGAUUGCCACAAAUGCAGAUACUUGUGUACUGGGAGAGCCUGCUGCCAAAUGCUGGAGGUUCUCCUGAACUUGCUGAUCCUGGCCUGCAGCUCUGUGUCUUACAGUUCCACAGGGGGCUACACAGGCAUCACCAGCUUGGGGGGCAUUUAUUAUUACCAGUUCGGAGGGGCUUACAGUGGUUUCGAUGGUGCUGACGGGGAGAAAGCACAGCAGCUGGACGUCCAGUUCUACCAGCUAAAGCUGCCCACGGUCACAGCGGCAAUGGCCUACGGUGGAGCCCUCAUGGCCUUCUGCUGUCUUUUUAUCGCCGUAGGCGUCCUGCGGGUCCCAUGGCAUUGUCCUCUGUGGCUGCUGGUUGAAGGCUUGCUGGACACGCUCAUUGCCGGGGCGUACGUGCCUGCUCUGUACUUCUACUUCCACUCCCUCUCCGCCGCCUACGCCUCGCCCGUGUGUAAGGCGAGGGAGGCGCUGUACCAGAGCAAAGGCUACCACGGUUUCAGCUGCUCGUUCCACGCGGGAGAUAUAGGAGCUGGCGUCUUUGCUGUCCUGGCCGUGGGGAUCUUUGCCCUGGGGGCCAUGCUGGCCAUCAGGGGUUACCGAAAGGUCAGGAAGCUAAAAGAGAAGCCUGCAGAAAUGUUAGUGUUUUAGGCUUUCUAAAAUGGUCUGCCACAUAUAAGGGAUGAAAAUUACUCUGAACCAUGGUCUCUCAUGGAAUACACCGCUGUGGAACUUGCCAGUGCUUGAAGAGUAACAGGCCAACUUUGGUAUGCUGGGUGCAGCUCCGGGUUGCAGUGGACCAACCAACAUUAAAAAAAAAAAAAAAAAAAGCCAAGCCCAAGACCCACAGGAAAAGGCAUGUGCUACAGCCAAGUGCACUUGACUAAAUAAAGGGAGAUAAUCGAGUGAAUUUGAAGAACCUUAUCUUCAAAGUUCAUGGAAAGCCACAUAGAUGUGACAUUUCGGCCUAAACUUUUCUAAGCACAGCUCUCUUAAGCAGAUUAGUCCUGAAGUUUUACCACACGGAACUCUGCAGUCCUUUACUUCCUUAAUGCUCUGGAUGGAGGGGGUGGGUAGUGCAUGGGGAGACCAGUCCUAUAAAAUUUAAGUUGGAAGUAAGUGUGGGCUGAGAAAAGAGAAAUCGGAUUAAUUCGCUGGGUUGCAAAGAGGCUAUUCUAACAAGACCAAUAGGCCUUUUUCGAGGCUUUACCAUAGCCUCGAAAGCUCAGUGUUUUGUACCUCUUGUAAAUGUACCAUUGUACGAAGAAUAAAACCCAACAUCUGGAAUUCACCCAGAAUAAGAGAAUGUAAAAUCGUUCCCAACAGAAGAAUGCUGCUUUUGGCCAGACAACUUCACGGGUUCUUACUGCAUGUUAAAUUACGACUUAUGGCAUGUUACACUAUAUUCUGGGUACAAGUAAAUAUGUUCUUUGAUUUAUGUGAAUCUAAUAAAAAUCCAAAGAAAAAUUUUAA